AUGUCUUCGUCAUCAAGCGACAUCCACGUUUUUGACCAUGUAGCAUCUGGAUGGGAAAGUGUACGUGCGAAAUUCGAACAAAAUUUAGUCGAUGGAGUUGACGUCGGAGCAUGCCUAUGUGUUUAUCAUCUAGGAGAAUGCGUAGUGAACUUGAGUGGUGGUUGGAGAGAUGGAAAGACUAAAAAAGAACCUUAUACACCAGAUACUCUUCAGCUUAUUUUUUCAACUUCCAAAGGAAUUGCAGCAGCAGCCGCGGCAUUGUGUGUAGAGAGCGGCUGGCUCGAUUAUCAAGCGCCUGUAGCCAAGUACUGGCCUGAGUUCGCUGUUAAUGGAAAGGAGAACAUAUCGGUGAGCGAUGUAUUAGCUCAUCGAGCUGGUCUACCAUGCGUUGACCAACAACUCACAGUUGAGGAUGUGUUUGAUUGGGGUCGAAUGGCUUCUCUGCUGGCUGAACAGAAACCUUAUUGGGAACCUGGAUCAACACAUGGUUAUCAUGCCCACACAAUCGGUGUUUUGGUUGGUGAACUUAUUCAGCGAGUCGAUCCACAACAUCGCUCUUAUAGUCAGUUUGUACGGGAUGAAUUGGACCCCGAAUUCUAUGUCGGAGUAUCUGAUGACAAAGUCGAAGCACGUAUCGCUCCUCUUCUUGCCAAAAGUGGUACUGGCUCUGCUACUUUGCCUGAAAUGGAUCGACUCACCGAAAAGUCAAUGACAUGUAGUGGUGCCUUUCCUCUGAAAGCGCCUAGUAAUUGGGACGUCGUUUUCAACCAACCGCGAACACAUCAAGCUGUCAUGCCAGCUGUUAAUGGUAUUUCCAAUGCUCAUUCGUUGGCACGAAUAUACGCGUUGCUGAUUGGCGAUGUUAAUGAAAAUGAUACAAUCACAAAGUGUCUUCUCAGCAAGAAAACUUUACAAUCGGCUAUUGAAAAUGUCACACCACUAGAUGAACGCGAUCACUCCUUUUUUGGUCUAAUGACGGAAUUUUCAAGAGGAGGAUUCGAAUUACGUGGUGAUUUCUUCAAAGUUCUGGGCGAAGACGGAUUUGGUCAUAAAGGUGAGCUAUCGAGAGAUGAUUGGUUCUAUAAAUAG